AUGGCUCGAGGUUAUUUAACGCAUCUCAGUGAGGAUAGGCCGACCAUCCUCUAUUCACGAGAAUCGCAUCACACAUGGCGAUAUCACAAGCUGACUGGUCCUCAUACUUCUGGUCAGCCAGCAACGGCCAGAAGUUUUAUUGUCCUAACUCCGGCGGAGACUACGCGUCCAUCCAUGUCCGGUCUUUGCUCACCAGCCUUCUCUUCCACCACCCUUCGGCCCACCGAACGACAUGGUGCGAUAAAAUCCAUUUGCCAAUCCUCUAGCCAAUAUUUCUACCUCAAACAGUUACCCAGAAGAAUAAAUCAAAAUGAUCGCUUACUGACCUCAGAAGAUCUGAUGUACGUUGCAUCCUUUGAUGUCUAUACUCAACGUCAAAUCGGGAAACAAAGGUACCCGUGUCUUGCACUACGCCUUAACAGCCGCCUAAAUGACAUCCAAUCAGAUCCAAAUUGCGCUGAGCAAAAUUAA